ACCCGGAAACGAAAUCCACAGCUGCGCCAGGUACUCUCUCUACACAUCCAUGGGCAGGUAAACAGCUCGUCACAUCUCUCGUCUCGGCAGUGAAAUGAAACCAAGAGGUGACACUUGAAAUGCCAUCAAGACGACGUUUUGGAGCAAUAAAUCCGCCUCAGUGAUACAACAGUUCCGAGAGACGCUGGUGUCUGGCUCCGUCGUCGGGUGGACUAUGCACUGUAGCGGCUACAUCUGUGUUUUCCUCCUGGCUUUGUACACCUGUGGAUGUCUCCCACAUGUGUCCGCCUGCAAACGGGAGCCCGAGAGUCCAGACUGGAGGAUGACUCUGAAAACUAUCCGUAACGGGAUACACAAGAUCGACAAGUAUAUCAAUGCAGCUCUGGACCUGUUUGGGGGCGAUGACGGACUGUGUUAUUACAGGUGUAGUGAUGCAGGGUACAAGCCGGUGCCUCGUCCUGGAUAUAAGCACCCCCCACCCAAUGGCUGUGGUUCCCCACUGUUCGGAUUUCAGUUUGACAUAGGUAUCCCAUCCAUGACAAAAUGCUGUAACCAACAUGACCGCUGCUAUGACACCUGCAACCGGGAGAAGCACGAGUGUGAUGACCAGUUCCAGGACUGUCUCGAGACCAUCUGCAGGAAUGUGCAAAAGACUCUGGGACUGGCCCACAGUGUCCAAGCAUGUGAGUCAGCAGUGACUCUGCUGUUUGACGCUGUCAUGCACCUGGGAUGUAAGCCGUACCUGGACAGCCAGCGAGACUCCUGCGUGUGUCAGUUUGAAAUUAAGAAGGAACUGUGACACCAUCGAUACAAACCCGAAUUGUGGACUGCACUAAUUCAAAAGCACAACAUGAACGUCAGCAAUAAACUCUUGCGUUCCGACGGAUUUCCUCAGGAAUAGAACUUGACAUUUAUCUGUGCUGCUCAUCUACCAUGUAUUGAAGUUGAAUGUGAAAAUAUCUAGUUUAUAGAGUGCACAGUUCUAUGCGGUUAAUUAUUUAUAUUUUUGUUAAUACUGUUUGAUAUGUUUGUCCUGUGGAGGAGAGGUAACAGGGUGUUCAACUUUUGCAUACCCAGAUAAGAUCGAGUCUGUGAUUAUUAGAUUUAUGAGUCCGCCCUUUAUAAUUUCCUAGUAAAUAACUUUGUACUUUGCCCUGCAGGUCAACUGAAAGAAAGAGAAAGGGAAACAUUUCCAGUAAGACAAUUACUAAUACAGACAUAAAUCUAGGUGGAAAUGGGGUAGCUCUCCUCUGAAAAUCAUCACCUGUUUUUAAACUGAACACAUUUAACAAAAGGACAUUUGCCUUUAUUUUCCCUUUGUGCCAAAUUACAGUCUUUCUAGGAAAUUAUUAGAAAAAAAAAAAUCACCAUCCUGUGCCUCCUUCCAUGAACCUAAAAGCAAUAUGUGACAUAUCAGUAAGCAAGUAUACAGAGUCUGUUUCUACGGCGCCUAAUGCAGUCCUUGGUUUUGUAAAUCCCUAGUUUUAAAAAAUGUAUUGGUAUACUCAACUGAUGCAAAUGUGAUAACACUGUGGAGACUGGACAGAACACUGGUAUUGUAAAACUUUCAUUAAAAUAAAGAAAUAAUAGACUUA